CGGUGGCUUACAGCUGUGUAUGCCGCAAGUUCCGUGACUUCUGUGUUCUUUUGUUUUAGGUCUCGCAGUGCCGCUGCUGCCUGCAGUAUCCGUCUGUAACUGUUAGUAAUGGUUCGUGCGAUAAAUUGUCCCUGUAGUGCGAACAAAAGAGUGCCGUACGUGGUCUGUGGAUUGCAGGCAGCGAGCUAACGGGUGACUGCGUCGUCGCAUUUGGGUGGUGUUGCCAGUUAUGCGUCAUUCCGACCACUCACUUCUAUUUAGCGAUACUAGUUCGUUUUUAUUGUGCAAGACGUAAGAAAAGAACGCCGAUAACGCCAUGCCCUUUUCCUGGUGUCUCUCAAGAUGGAAACUGUGGAUACAGUUCGUCGUAGCCCUGGCCUACGGGCUUGUGAUCCUUGUUGUGGUGCCACUUAUCAGCGUCCAGCUUAUGAACAAAGGUGCCAGUGCAGACGUUCAGGCCUGGUUUAGCAGUGGCGUUUUUGUUCUCUUGACUCUUCCCAUAACUUUCUGGGAAAUAAUCCAGCACAUACUAAACUACACGAAGCCACACCUUCAGAAGCACAUAAUUCGGAUCCUAUGGAUGGUACCAAUCUAUUCGCUCAACUGCUGGCUUGCCCUCACAUGGCCAAAGACUGGAAUAUACCUUGACACAAUUAGGGAGUGCUAUGAGGCUUAUGUGAUAUACAACUUCAUGGUGUUCCUGUUGAACUUUCUGCACCGAGAGCUGGAGAUGGAACUGUCUAUGGAUGAGCACAGGCCAUCUGUGAAGCACAUUUUUCCACUCUGCUUUCUACGGCCCUGCCCAGGGGGCUUGCGCUUCAUAAGUUCCUGUCGACAUGGUAUUCUUCAAUACACUGUAAUCCGACCAAUCACGACAGCACUGGCACUAAUUACUGAAAUGUUUGGGAAAUAUGGAGAAGGAAAGUUUGAUCUCGGAUAUUCAUACCCAUAUAUAGUGGUUAUAAACAACAUAUCACAGUUUGUCGCUAUGUACAGCUUAGUCUUGUUUUACAAGGCCUACAGGAAUGAACUGACACCAAUGUCUCCAAUACCGAAAUUCCUGUGCAUCAAAGCUGUAGUGUUCUUUUCUUUCUUCCAAUCGGUGAUCAUCUCACUGUUGAUAUACACGGGCUUAGUGUCCCCCUCUUUCUUUAGUGAGAAAGGAACUGCUGGUGAUGUGAACAGAGGUCUUCAGGACUUCCUGAUCUGCAUAGAGAUGUUUGUGGCCGCGGUUGCCCACUACUUUGCCUUCUCGCACGUCCCAUACGUGGACCCACAUGCACGGCCCAUCCCCUGCUGCCUGUCGUUCAUGGCCAUGUGGGACGUGUCCGACGUGACGCAGGACGUGUCUGACCAUAUUAGACAUGUCGGUAAGGCGGGCUACUCCCUGCUGCCUCUCAUUCAUGGCCGCGCGGGACCUCUGACCUGACACAGGAUGUAUGAAAGGCCGUGCUAGCCAUGGCGGCAACACUGUAAAGAAUACAGUGCAACGCAGGCCAGACUACUUCAGCGAGAGGAAGCUUCUCCUAGGAAGCUUUUCAGAUGACACCUGCAUUCCAGUGAAUGAACCUGGCGACUUCCUGAAUGACAGGCCUUCUCGGAGUGGGUAUCUGAGCAUUGCAGGCAGCUCUACGAACGCGCACGUGACUUAGGUGCCCUUUUUUUGCUAAAGUCGGAGAUUGGUUAUUGUGUAAUGAUGGAUUUGUCAGCUGCCUGCCAUGGUCUUGAUGGUUGUGCUUGAAGCAUCUGAGAGGAUACUGGUAUAGGUCGCACUGUCAGAGCUGCCCCCCCCCCCCCCAUUUUUUUUUUCUUAUAAAGCCUACCCAACACUUGAGGAAACUGCGUUAGCUUGCUGCCUUCUUCUGCCAUGCAGAUUUUCUUGUAUCUAAAGAGAUUAGCCUUUAGUAUGACCACAGCUUUAAUCUUUAUUUUUUCUUGUUGCCAUUCGCAUUUGAUUGAGUUUUUGCGAGUACAUGUAUACUCGCGGACAACUUUUCUUGGCAAUGAAGGAAAGGCUACGGGAGCGGAGCUACUGCACAUGUACUGCUCCGCGAAGUAGUCCGGUUGGCGCGCAUUUCGAAUUUAGUCUUCGUUAGUGAACCUUCGAUAUCUCCUGUGACGGCCAUUUGUUUAUUCGAGCGGCCGUCACAGGCUUAGACAGCUGUUUGUUAGUGAAAUUUGUCACAAACUCCCUCGGCGAGUCGUCGGAAAAGCUGGAGGGUGACGAGCGCUCACCUGAAGACGAAGACGCCAUUUUGACUGUGAGGUGCACGUAAAAGGUGCGACGUUUUUACAGGUGCAAAAACGCGAAAUGACACUGCAUAAAGCAAAACAAAUAUAAAUACCUCCUUGGUGCGCGCUGACCCUCUUUUCAAACAGCGCCCCGUAGAAAAUAAAGUAAUGUUCUUUUUAUUCUCACGUAGAAAACACGGACGCAAUUGUGGGACUAUAUUCUUCAGCGGUAGCACACGCGUAGUUCGGCUCUGUAGCCUUCCCUUCAUUUCCAAGAAAAGUUGUCCGCAAGUAUAGUGCUGCUAGGUUCCGAUCUAUUUCUUCGUUUCUGCUCAGUUAUUAUUGUGCAGCUAUUGUACAUAUUGUUGUAGGUUUCUCUAAGCAAUUCUAAAGUGUUUGUAUGUGUGCAAGUGGGAUGGUAAUAUACAGUUUAUCUUGCAGUUCACCAAAGCCCUUUUUAUGAAAUACUAGCGACAUGAACACUGGUAUGCUCUUAUACUGUGUGCGUGCUGUUCUUUUACCAUUGUAAGUUCAUGCAACAAAGCACCCUAUGUGAUUAGCAUCAGCUGGUUUGAGCUGUACGUCUAACGAACUUCGUGCAGUGUGCAGCACUGGCCGUAUACAGCCUGCUUGGUUUUAUUUUGUUGGAUGAUUUAUGUUAUGUUUUACUGUUAUAUUUUUAGCAGACUUUUACUUAGGAAAACAGUCCUGGCCACUAUGAUCUGCUCUGUUGGUACAUUUUUGCAAUCGCGAAGACGUCACUUUCUAAUGUGAUCUGUUAAUUUUAUUGCUGGCAUCUCUAGUCAUUCCAAAAUGACCAUGACGCUGUUUAUAUGGCAUUACUGUUCUAAACAUUUGUAAGGAGUGCCUUAUUCAGACACUUGUGUGAAUGCUUGUCACGUAAUCGUUUCUUCAAUGUGGAAAAUAAAAUUAUUCAAUCUUUGUGGUA